UAUUUUUAGUUCAAAACUCAGUCACUAGGAGUAACAAAACAGUGACAAGCAGUCCAGUGCGGUAUCCAUUCGUAAUUCUAGGUUUAUGAUGUCUGAAUUUACAAAGGAAGAGCUUGAAUUGUCACCUUGUAAAUAUGAAUAUUUGGACCACACCGCUGAUGUUCAGAUCCACGCGUGGGGCGACUCGCUGCGAGAGGCGUUCGAGCAGUGUGCGACCGCCAUGUUCGGGUACAUGACGGAGCUGGAGUACGUGGAGAUGAGGGAGGUGAAGGAGGUGGAGGCCGAAGGUCACGACAUGCUGUCGCUGCUGUUCCACUUCCUGGACGAGUGCCUGUUCCUCUUCUGCGACGACCCCUUCUUCAUCGUGCGGGUGAGGCAGGCUCCAGCACCAGCUGGGGUUCAACCUGGAGUUACUUCAUCCUCACCUCAUCACGCCUCGUCUGUAGUGACGCACUGUGGAGCCGUAAUCCACUCAUCCAUCAAUCUAUCCAUUUAUCCAUACAUUCAUCAAUCCAUCCAUCUCUACAUCCAUCAAUCCAUCCAUACAUCCAUCAGUCCAUCACCACAGCAAUCUGAGUUGAUUCCCAAACAACCUUAUUUUUUGCGAGUGGUAAAAGUGAUGUACUUUGUUAGAAUCACUGCUGUAACUGAGGUCAUCAUUCACAUCACACUUCUUAGUACAAUACAUGCCUACAGCUCUCAGUUCACAUGUCUGCUGUAUGGUGAGUAUGCACGUUACUUAGGCUUGCUACUUAUUUUUAUAAUUACUGAACUGAGCUGAUGUGUUCUGGCUGUGAAUAAUGCAUUAUAGUGCUUUAUCUUGAUAUUUCACAGUGUUGAAUAACAUUUCUUUUUUAAAGUGUCAGCAUCAAAUUAUUUUAUUCUUUCCUUAAUUCAAAUGAAACCAUGUUUUCCCGAAAUCAGCUCAAGGAAAAAUACUCGGAUGGUUUCUUGCUAUAGGUCAUGGCCAAUUCUUUCUCUGAUACCCCUGAUUUGUUAAGUUUUGUGUUAACUGCUUCUGUUGACCACGCUGUCAAUGAAAAGUUAAACAACACAUAAUGUUAUGCUUUAAAUGGUAGGAAAAACUUAUGAAAGUACGGGAAUAGAUUCUGAAAUGCGUAUGUUCCAUACAACUACUAUCAUGGCAAUCCAGUGUAGGGAUUCAGGCAACGUUGAGGAGAAACCUGAUAAUGCCACAUGCAUUAUACACCAGAUUAUGGGUCUAGGUAGAAGGUUAAUCCAUGUGAAAUAUACCAAUAAUAAAAUAAUACAUCACAGAUAUUUUAACAAAAAUUUGGAGACUUCGGAUUUGAAUUGAAAGGGGGUAGUUUAUAAUUUUAUAAUCUAACAAUAAAACCACACAAGAGCAGAUGGUAUCUUUAUAUAGGGGAAAAUGACGUAACUCAUAGACAAAAAAAAUUAAUCAUUAUGGUAGAGUUGCAAGAUGAUUUACGGCAUUCAGACUUAAAUCAAGGAUCUGCUGCCCUCCUCUCAAGAGAUUCUAGGGGAAGACUUAUUAUUUGUAGAGGUUUAGGGAUCGUCCAUUAAUCACGUGAGGCUGAAAAGGGGGGGGGGGGAGGGGGGAGGGAAAAAUCAUGAAAUAUCACAAGGUGGGAGGGGGGGUGUAGAGAGAUAUCACGUGUAUUUAUUUUUUUGUGCAGUUUCUACCAAACCGAAAAGUGACGCGUGACCUUGACUCGCCGUAGCCAGGCAACAAUAUCCCCGCCCGCCGCAACAUGAACCACCCGGCUCGGCUUGCCAGUCGCCAGUAAGACUGUGAUAUUGGCGCCGAAUACAUGCGUAAAUCACAUAUAAGCCUUUCCUUUAUUAUUUUUAUACCAGUGAGAAUAAACCUGCAACCUUAAUGUGUGUCUGGACAUUUUUAUCACUGUGCUUCAUUUUCCAGAAUUAAAUUAGAUCAUACCUAUAUUUAAAGAUAAUAUUCUGAAAUUUUUAAAAAUACCAAAAGUACCAAAAAAAUACACGUGAAACCUCACCACA